GCCAUUACGUCACUGAGGGUGAGGGUGAGGGCGAUGGCGGCCGCCGUGGACGAGCGGCCCGACAGCCUGGACGGCUGGGUGUCGGUGCGGAGCGGGCUGUUCACCGAGCCCCAGCGGCCCCGCCUGCGCUUCCUCGUGGCCUGGAACGAGGUGGAGGGAAAGUUCGCCAUCACCUGCCACAGCCGGCCGCUGCAGGCGCGGAGUGCCGAGGCCGAGCCGCCGCCCCCGAGCAGCUGGGCCGCGCUCUACUCCCCCCGGGAGCUGCACGGCAUCAACCGGCUGCUGGCGGCGAGCAGCCCCGCCCUGGAGCGCUGCUUCCCGGCGCUGCCCGAGCUCCGGCCGCGGGGCCUGUGGGGCCUCCUGUUCCCAGACCGCUCUCUGGCCGAGGGCACCGAGCCUGGCUCCGACCUGGACUCCGUCUGCCGCCAGCUCGAGGUCUAUCUGGACGCCGCCGUCGAGCUCUGCGGCCACCGCAUUGCCCUGGAUUCGCUGUUCCCCGAGGCCGAGGACAACGACUACUUCGAGAGCGUCAGCGAGCUUCGCGGCCGCAGCCUGGAGCAGCAGGUGGCCGGCGGACGGGAGGCACUGAGGCAGAUCUUGCGCCAACACAGACAUGUUAAGAAUAUGGUAACCCUUAAAAAGCUCUACCAGGAGGAAGAUGAAGCCUAUCAGGAUCUGGUCACUGCAGCCACACAGUUCUACCAGUGUUUACUGCAGCCCUUCCGGGAUAUGCGAGAGUUUGCCUCGCUGUGCAGACAGGAGGCCUUGAAAUCCUUGGAGUUUGACACUCUGGGUCCAAGGAGAAUUCAGAGUCUGCAGAAAGAGGUGGAAGAGUGGUCCCAGCGCAUGCAAGAAGCCAUCUGCUCAAUCCAGGACAUAACGGUGGACUAUUUCAGGGAGACAGUGAAAGCACUGGCAGCCAUGCAGAAGCAGAUGGAAGAAGAUCGAAAUCACUUUGGCAAAGCUGCCUGGGCCAGUGUGGCACCUAGACUGGAGAAACUGAAGUUCAUGUUUGCUAAGGAAACUUUGCAACACACCAGAGCAAAAGAGCUGUGCUUGAAACGCAAGAAAGCACAGAUUCAGUACAAGAUGGAACAUCUCGACGACAAGAAAGCAGUGGAGAUGGUGGAUGAACUAGAAAUGCAGUAUUAUGAAACACAGCUAGAGUUGUACAAUAUUCAGCUAGAGACGUUAAAAUAUGAGGAGCUGCUGGUUGUCGCCCAGCUGGACACCAUUCGACGUGAGGUCAGGGAGAAAGAGGAAGAGGUGGUUUACUAUGAUGCUUGCGAAGACCCUGAGCAGCUUCAGGCCAAUGAGGGGAUGGGCCUGCUACAUGACAGUCGCUCAGUAGAUGUUAACAAGUUGUUGCACAAAGCUCAUCAGCUGGAGACUAAACGAGGUGCCAUUGGCUCACGGCGAUCCUACCUGAGGAAUAAGCGGGAUCAGUGUAAUGAAACUCAAAAGGCAAAGCAACAGCAGUUGCAAGGAGAGGAAGCUCGUUUUCGACAGCACCACAGCAUUCAACUAAAACGUGACCAGCAGAAGGAAGAAAACAAGCGGAGGAGGGAGUGGGUAAACGUGGAGAGGCAAAAGACUUUGCAGAGGCUGCGUAGGUUUAAGGAGAAAUCAUCGGGGCAGAUUGUAUUUAAACCUCGUUGUCAAACUCUCAGAAUGCAGAGACAAGACACUGCACUGCCGCACUCCGAUCAGCCAAUGUCCAUCAUUGAACAUUCAACCAGCAAAAAGCAAUCCAGACCCUCUAAGGCUUCCAGCAAUAUUCCAGUGCAAAUCUUCCUCCCAGCAGCUACACCAAUAUCUCCAGGACUGGUGGAAACUACAGAGAUCUCUUCAGUGAUGCCUCCUGUUCCCCCACCCCCACCCCCACCCCCUCCUCCCCUUCCACCAGCUCUCCUGAGCAGCAAGAGGUCAUCAGAAGGAGUGCAGGAACAGCCGCUCGUCUUCACCACUGAGAAUUCAGCAAAGAAAUCCCUGAAGGAAAAUAUAGGAACAAUGGAUGAUGUGCUGGCUUCAUUGAAACGUGGUGAAGUGUUGCUUAGGAAGGUUGAUCGGACUAAGGUGCAAUCUGCAGAGAAGCCUGAGGGUCUGCGAGAAAGCUUGUUAGCUGAGAUUCGACGAGGUGUCCCACUGAGAAAGGUCCAACAACCCCUUGAUGGAAAACUGAACAAUGACCUACCCACAGACAAUGACCCGGCCAGUCAGUUAGAGCGCAGCAUCAAAGCAGCCAUGAAACGGAUGAAAAAAGUGUCUCCUGACUCUGAUGAUGAAGAGGAAGAUGGAGAAUGGGACAGCUGACCCACACUACGUCCCAGCAGUUGUGCCACUGCAAAUCCCAUCUGCAGGUUGGGUUCUGUCCUAUCUGUAUUACCGACAGGGUAAUGCACUUGUAGCAAAGUAGAUCGGAGAAUCAGCAGGUUUGUGUGCUGAAGGAUCCAAUCUAUGUGCUGCUCUGCUACACUAUCUCACUAUAUUUAUAGGAUCGAAUGAAGGGAUUGAUUGCAUAAUUUUGGUAUAUGGCAAUACCAAUGUACAUGCAGUGCAAGGUCGCAAUCAACUGGCAAUUCAGACAGUUCUUGCAUAAACAAUAUUAUGAGUUAAGUGCCUCUAAAUUAGAAGAUUACACCCCUACUGCACAUGCAAACUAGCACAAACAUACUUAACCUGUGGAUGUGGGAGCACAUGACAUAUGCAUGCACCCCUCAAUGUGUUUUAAUCUUUUGCACAGACUGUCAAUCCCUCAACAGCUCCCUGCACCAUUUCCCUUAUUUCCUGCUCACUUCCUGUUGAAUUAUCUUGGUUUUAUUUUGGAGCAUGAUGACCCUCAUUGCACUUAAGAAAAUAUUUUUUUUAAAUCCUGUGAUUUGAUCACUGUGCCAACAGUUUUCCUUUUUACAGUUCCUUUCAUGUAUCAGAUCCAGAGGGAAUCCAGUGAUACUGUAUCAGAUAGGGAAGUGGAGCUGAGGUAGUAGAUGGGCCAUGAUCAUGUUCAGUGGUCUUGCAGGCUCAUGGCACUGGGUGCCUCCUCUACUUUUGAUAUUCCAUGAUAUGUCAGAAACAUUGGAAAACAAUUGUCACAUAGCAGGAGAGGCAGGAUGAAGAAAGAGUAAAGAGUUGAAUUUUACAACUUUGAAGCCUGAGGCAGUACAUAUUUGGGAACAACUUGUGUGAUGUGAGAAACACAGCUGCCAAGUUGUGUACAACAGAAUCCUGCAAACAGCGGCAUGUUAAUCCCUGGGUCAACAAUGUAGUUUUGUGAUUGAGUGGCACCAAUGACAUGGGGCAAUUUGCAUUCAGCCGAGGUAAGGUGCAGCCUGGGUUUAAUGUCAGUGAGGGAGCACUCCCUCAGCACUGCAUGUGAAGCCAAUAGAGUCAUGGCUCCAAGGCUAGAAUGUGAUCAUGGUGAGAUUUAAACACAUGGUUCAAAAUGUUAAAUUUGUGUCGGGCACUGGCCUAGUGCAGGUUAGUGCAGGAUAUCAAAGGUUAUCCUGAAGGAAACAGUUUGUUCACCAGAUGCCUGUUACCAGUACUGACCACCAUCUGCUAGGGUUCGGCAAGGUGUUGCAUCUGAGAGAGAACCACUGCUAAAAUUUGAGACAAUCUGCAAAGCCCAGGAUGGUUAAGGAUGAUGAGCUGUUAACCUUUGUACUUGCAAUGGGUAGUCGUACUGCUCCAGGUUUAAUGGGAACUGGGGCAGCCAUACCCCUCCUGGAGUUUAAUGAGAACUCUCCCAAGCAGACCCAACCCAUUCAGUGCAGCUGUUUAAAGUUUUCCUUUCAUCUCCUGCAGGAUGACAGCUGAUUGCACCUAAUUGUAAUCCCCGCCACAGAAUAAUAGGCAGGUCAGUACCAUUUGAACCUGGGAAAAGUGGUUACCCAGAGGAAUUAAACGCAAAGAUUCACUUGAGUAAGAACUAUGUGAUGGCUGAGGGAGAAUUGACUGAUAUUGCUUUUUAAUCUUGCAGCAGAAUUCUUUCUCCCAGAACGCUGGAACAAUGAAAUGUGAAUAAAUCAUUGAGGUUUCUGUUUAUGGCAGUUACGUUUCAGAAAUGGCUUCUGAAAAUAUAUUGAUAUUUUUAAAUUGUUUUACUUUGCACAGAUCAACGACUGAAAUUGAUAGCCAUUUAUUUUUUAAUAAGAAUAUUGUUAAUACUCGGAAGUUUGACUACAGAGCACACUGGUUGUAUUCUGUUCCAGAGGCUCUCUUGAUAACGGAAAUGUUUUUAUAUUGUGAACUCUGACUGUAUAUUUUAUUUCCUUGCUUUUCAAAAGCCUGCCUGCCAUGGAGUAGCAAUAACUCAUGGAAACCAUUAAUAUCUGGUGUAGAAGGUGUUCUUUCUGUCUCUCCAGAAUUCAGUGCAGUUAAUAAAGUGUUAUUUUAAGCUUGUUCAGCAAAUUUA